AUGACCGACGUCCCUCCUUCACCGGAACCUCCCACCACACCUCCCCCUCGUAGGAAAAAGAAGAAAAGCGAGCGCCAGCGUCUCUCGCCGGACACGCCCCUCGAUGAGUUCUUCGGGUCUUUCGAGGGCUUCCAGUACAACCCGCGGAAGCCUACCAUGUCCGAGUUCAACCGAUUGUGUCGGGAGCGCGGAUGGGGUCUGAAUAGCCCUGAGAGGCAUGAGGCUCGCGCUCGGUUGAGGGACGCACUGAUUAGGCAGUUCGAGCUCAUCUUUGGCACGGAGGUGAGGAGCCUGAGGUCGUGGCAGCUCUUAUGCACGGCGAUCGGCCUUGAGGACAUACCGGAUACUUUGAAGGAGUGUCGCGAGCUGGUGGAGGAGGUCUACGUCAAUCUCAUAGAUCUCAUCGAGAAGAUGCGUCUCCUCGCGCUCAACGAGUCUUACAACGUCCGCCUGUUCGAGAACGAGACUAAGCUCGCGGAGUAUACAACGGCAGCCGACAAGAUCCUUCCUCGCCCUCAAGCCAAAGGGCUUCUCAUGCAUCUCCUUCGUCACAUCAAGCGCCCUCGCCCUAACGCUCAGAGCACGCUUCCACGCUUCACUUCCUCAGGAUCAAAUACAAGUGGCUCGGGAAACGACAGCGACGAGUUGCACGAGAUCAUGGAGGGAUUGGCCUUAGCUUAG